AUGCGCUACUUGAGGCCCGUUAUUUGUGUUGACGGUAGUCACUUGAAAGGUCCAUACAAAGGUACACUUUUGCUGGUAACCGCCCAAGAUGCCAACAAACAGAUAUAUCCCUUGGCAUGGGGGAUCGUUGAUGCUGAAACAAAUAGAUCGUGGAUGUGGUUUAUGUCCAACUUGAAAGAGCUUAUAGGCGACUCUGCUGAAUUGGUUUUUGUUUCCGACCGGAAGAAUAGCAUUUCCAAUGCCAUUGCUCGUCUAUUUCCUCAGUCCCGUCAUGGGUACUGUAUCUGGCAUCUAGAAAAGAACUUAGUCCAGCGGUACAACAUUUUGACAAAUAACAAUGCCGAAUCUUUGAACUCAAUGUUGAGACAUGCCCGUUCAUUACCGAUCACGUGCUUGGUCGAAGACAUUCGACAAACUAUGCAGAAGUGGUUUCACGAACGUCGAACCAGUGCAAUCACAUGUACUGGCAUGCUAUCGUUGAGGAUAGAGAAUGAGUUGCGGACAACAUUUGAAGUAGGUACAAGGCUUCGAGCUCAUAGCUUGACAGAACAGUUAACACAAGUUGGAAUGUCCAACGACACGGACAUCGUCGACUUCUCUGAUAACAGCUGCACUUGUCGUGAGUUUCAAAUUAAUCGUAUGCCAUACGUUCAUGCCACUUGA